AGGGGGGCGGGUUGGCCGGCGGGCCGGGGGCCUGAGGCGGGGGCGCCAUGACGGUGCCGCUGCUGAAGAUCGGCGCCGUGCUGAGCACCAUGGCCAUGGUCACCAACUGGAUGUCCCAGACGCUGCCUUCCCUGGUGGGGCUCAACGGCACCGCCGUCUCCCAGUCCGGCACCUCCGAGAGCAGCACUCUCUUCCAGAGCUCCAAUGAGGGUUGGCAGGUCUACACCUCUGCUCAGGUCCCUGACAGCAAAUGUCUGUGCACUGCUGUGAUCCCAGUCCAGGGAUCCUGCUCAAGAGACCUACGCAGUCGGCAGCUUCAGCAACUGAAAGAAAAAGAUACAGAUGCUCCUUAG